UUACUGUCAAGAGUACUCUCCCUCUUCGCUUCCGCUACACCGUCCAUUGUGUUUUUGACUCUGCCAUGAACUCACCGCGAUCAACCCAGUUACGAUGCACCAUGGCCCAAUGGAUACUACGGUGUCUGGUUUGCACGGUAGAUACUACGGCCGACUGCCCUCUGAAUAUUACCCCUGUAAAUGGGGGAAAUCGAAAUUCUUGCCUCUCUGAUAGCUUACCAACUGAUGACCAGAAUAAUCUACCCUCUGCAGCUGAGGGGGAUCUCGUUUCAGUCUGUGACCUGUAUACCAACACAAAAGCAUGCUACAGUUAAUGAAUAACCACGAAUCAAAACCAAAAUUCGACUGGCAAUCACUGACAGCUGAUUCGAAUG